AUGCCAUAUUUUGGACCAAAAGUAAUUGCGAUCGCAAGAAUGAGUCAAGCAUUGUGGAUGUUUUUCACGUUCUUUCUGGUGUUUAUGGUGGCAUAUAGCAUCUGCAGUAUAGCCCUUAUCGAUUUGAAUUUGGUGCCAUCUCUCCGCACUAUUCGCAGUUUAUUCUUCCAUGGUCUUUGGGAUAUUUUUGGUGAACUAGGUGAAGAGCAAAGCACGGGCGCGAUAGUUGGUUGUCCAGAUAACAUCACCGAGGCUGGGUUAUUCUCAACAGUGGAUGCUUUUGACUGCUCCAUCCGUCAACUCACCGUACAACUUUUGCUUGCACUUUAUCUGUUCAUAGCAAGUGUACUACUCAUGAAUGCACUCAUUGCCGUCCUCACGCAUAUUUUUGAUGAGAUCAAUGAAGGCUCAACACGGGUGUGGCGUUAUCAGAUGUAUUUUCUCGUCAAAGAAUACGAUGGCAAAUUUAUCCUACGGGCUCCGCUUGUUAUCCUAUAUCUCUUGUAUUUGACUGUGCGUGUUAUAUUUGAACGCUGA